AUGUCCGUCCCAUGCAAUCCUGAUGCCAUGAACUGUCUUUUCCUCGCAAUCAAUCACUUGCUUGUUUGCUGCUUUUUCAAGAUGUCGCAUGUUUCUGAUCUCCGCCCAAUGCCUGGUCCCGAUUCUGCCUUCAUAUCGAAACCGACCAAGUUUGAAGGCAUCAAGGUUGAGGCGCCAAAGGUGUCGCACUCUGGCAAAGUCGACAUGACAGAAGAUGACGGUGACAUUUGGCUCAAGGGAGCUUGCAUCGCGCAAGUGAAGUGA